AUGAAAUCUCUUACUUUUAUUGCCGUUGCAGUCCUGACUGCAGUCAAUGCUGCUACAUUUAAGCUAAUUGCACCUGAUGCUGCUAAGGAUGUUCAUGUUAGCAUUUCAGGUCAAUUGACUGCUUUGUCUGCUCAAGAUCCUGAUGUUCCUUACUUUAUUGGUGAAGCUGAUAUUGAAGAAGGUGGAACUUAUCAGUAUGUGGUGGACGGAAAAACUGAAGAAUUUAAUCGUACUUUUGAUAAUGGAAAUUCUACUCUCAACGAAUUCUUUGAGCGUGAAGUAACUUAUGCUACAGACAUUCCAGAAUUACCUACCAUUCUUACUGAAGGUGCUUGGGAUAAAGGAUCAACAAGUCAUCCUAUCUGGGACAGCAAUUACAUUCCUACUAUCUUCAUCAAUGGUGUUGAGGAAGAAAUGAACGAUUUGAUUGAAAACAUUCCCAAGUCUACUUAUAAAGUCAAGAUUACCUUUAUCAGUCCUAAAGAUGUUACUACCAUUGAAAACUGUACACUUGGCCUGCACAAACCUGGUAAAAAAAACAACGACGCUAAACAGUCCUGGGUCUGGACACUUCCUGAAGGUGAAUUCUAUGCUGACCGUAACUGGUUCAAGAUCAGACAUCAAGAAGAAGAUCCUACUCAACUUCGUGAAAAGCUUUAUGCUGAUCUUGCUCGUCAAAUGGGUACUUAUGCCAACAUGGCUAAUUUGGUACGUUUCUUUAUCAAUGGAGAGGCUAUGGGUACAUUCAACUUGCUUGAUGAUGUGAUCAUGUACUCUUACAUUAAUGCCAUGUUCUAUAAUGGUAAUCCUCCUAAGCAAAUGGGUGGUCUUCUUGAUGGUGCCUCUGGUGCUGACUUCAAUCCUCAAUCUGGCUACGAUAAUUUCAUUCCUAAUGUCGAGUCCCCUCUUCAUCAAGAUGCCAUUAGUCCCUUUGCUGAAGCAUUUGCAGAUGUUGAUUUCACCAAUGACGAACAAGUGAAAGCUAUUGGAGAAUACUUUGACUACGAUCAAUUCCUUCGUUUCAUGGUGAUCGAAUUCCUUACAGCUGAUUGGGAUGGUUACUGGAUGGAACAGACCAAUGAUGGUGCUUAUGUCGAUCUAAACAACAACAAAUUGUAUUAUCUUGCUCAAGACUUUGACGGUACUUUUGGUGUCAAUAUUGGUUAUGGUAGAGAGUUUGUCAAUGUGUCUUACAAGGAAUAUCCCCAACGAUUCCCUCAAGGUUACUUGAUCAAUAAGUUCCUCACAAACCCUACUAUGCAAGCCACUUUUGAAAGCUAUUUGAAGGAAGCUACCACUACACUCUUUAGUACAGCUGUUCUUCUCCCCUAUGUUACUGCUCGCCACAGAUUCAUGUAUCCUGAUCUUGUUUGGGAUCGUUCUAUUGUACAAAGAUCACCUGGGAGAAUCUUUGGUUGGACUGCUGAACAAACAACCCAAAACUUAUAUGAGCGUGUUACUGCUUCUGGUGAGCAUUCCGGUGGUGCUGAUUGGGGUCUUUUACAAUGGGUUGCUACUAAAGAACAAGCUGUUGCUCAAGACCUUGGUUUUACUGCUAACAGUGUUCCAGUUGAAGAACAAAAUGUGGUGGACGAACUCAACAAAAAGCCUGAGCCCAAGAAGGUGGAACAAAGUGUGGCUAGUCAAUCUGCUGCUGCUGAUAAGCCUGCAGCAUCCUCUAGUACCAACAAGGAAAUCAAGCAAGACGAUAGAAUUCAUGCUGCUUCGAUAGAUAAGAUUAAAGAAGCUUCUGUCCAAGAAGAAGCUAUCAACAAUACAUCAGAUGCCACCUUAGGAAAAACUUUGCCUCAAAUUCUAUCUAUGGUUGCUAUUGUUGGUACUAUUUUUGCUCUUUUCUAG